AGCGAGCUAGCUGCGCUGCUGAGCUUUUGUAAAACUACGCAAUCAGGAAACGAAAUACGUUAUGAUGAACUCCCAGUCUCACGAAUUGUUCAGCGUUAUUUCUUUUACAAUGGUUUUACGCAAGUAAAAAUCUAAUUGCAGAGGAACAGAAACUUUCCAAGAAUAUCAUGGGUUCUACUGGCCAGCAGGGAGACCGUUUUGUGGAUUAUUUCGUCGUUUGCGGCCUCGAUCCGACGAAUGCAUUGGAGUUGGACCAAUUGGCAGGUGAAAGCUGCCACAUUCAUCCAUUACAUAGAAGCUACAGAAGUAAAUGCUUGCAUCACUAUCCUUCUAAUGUUGAUUGGAAUCCCUUUGAUGCAGAUGGAAUCAAUAUGCUGUGUAUGCCCAAAGGGCUCUCAUUCCGGACGCAGAAAGGAAACCGUCAAGCCAAGUUCCAUUCCUUUGUGAUGACACGAGAAGAUAGCACUAGAACAUAUGGUGCAGCCCUGACUUUCUAUGAACAGGUUUCUAGCCAGCAUAUCUGUGCGGAACUGCAAACCCUCCAGCAUAAAUAUGGAGAGGAUAGAAGGAUGAGAAAAGCCAGUGUCAACCAAGGAAGUACUGGAAACAUCUAUGAUGAGAUGCACCCUAGUAAUAGUGGGUAUAGAACUAUUGGUUCACCACGCUUCCAACGUCGUCAAUCCAGUCCAGCUAUCCAGGGUUUGGCUUCACCAAGGACACGAAGGCGGAGCCCCGUUCAUCAGGGCUACACCCAAAAAGCAUACACACUCCCUAGAACUCACACAGAUACAAAGAACCCACACUUUGACAUGGUCAAGGACACACUCUAUGUUUCUAAGUGCAUCUGUCUUAUCAUGCCAUUGCCCUUUGUGAGGGCAGCCAGGAAGUUCCUGGAGCAGCUCUUUGAAGUUGUCCGAUCUACAAACUCUCCAUCUCUACCUAUGGAAAGCUACAUCUUCAAUGUUCUGUAUGAAGUGCCCCUUCCUCCUAUGGGUAGGAGUAUGGUCUUUACUGGCGUUUCUCGUAAUAUUGCAUGUCAGAGGCCAUCAAAGACAGAGUUACCUCUAUGCGAGUAUGCAAUAAGGGAUAUCUUUGAUCUCCUAGGAACAGAGAAUGUGGUUGAUCUACUCACUUGUGUUCUUCUUGAGAAGCAAAUCUUACUUGUUUCUAAAGAUUACCAGCGUCUAAUGUUGACAGCAGAGUGUAUUACGACCCUCAUCUUUCCCUUUCAGUGGCCUUAUGCCUAUGUACCCAUUCUUCCAGCAUCAAUGUUAUAUUUCUUAGAUGCUCCUCUACCGUUCAUUAUGGGUCUUCAUUUAAGUGAGGCUAAUCUUCAUCCAGAGUCAGAUAUGGAACUACCAACACAGAUCAGAGAAUUAAAGGCAUCACUCUGCUAUGUGGACAUUGAUAACUCAUGCGUAGAACUACCAGAAGAGCUCCCUAAGUUCCCAAACAAACCAACCCUGAUCCGUGAACUCAACAACCUCAUCCAAAAACACAAGCACAUACCGGACAAUUCUCCAUCACAGACUGCACAUACAACCACCACCACACCCAGUGCAAAGAUGAAUAAAGUCAAUGACUUUGACUGGUCACAAGUCCAAAGAGAAGUCACACUCAUCACAACAAUGAAUCAGAACUUAGAGGAGAGUGUUGAUGGUGAUCAGGAUAGUUCAUACUUCAGUUCACCAAGUCGUGGUGAGAGCCCCACUGCAGGAAUGCCUUCUAAAGCAGAUUUCUUGCGUAACAAUGAGAUCGUUUCUCGUGUUGCAGAGAUUGCUCAGCGUACCGGUGUCAUUACAUCAAUAGCUGACUAUGAGAAUGAUAAUAGUAAUGUGAAUCCAAUGAAUCUAAGUGAAGAAGAGCAGGAACAUAGAGAGUAUGUAUCAAUGUUGAUAUUGAAUUGUGCAAUACGUGAAGUAUUCCUCAGGAGAUUAGUAGUCUUAUUGAGGAAUUAUGAGACCUUCAUAAUACAGCCAAGAGUAAACAGUCUGGAUGCAUGGUUUACCAACAGAGAUCAGAUGCAAAACUUUGAUAAGAAUGCAUUUCUUGCGGAUACCCCUGAGCUUCACCUACCAUUCAUGUCACCGUUCCUUGAGACACAACUCUUUGCUUCAUUCAUUGAUAAUAAGAUCAUCUCUAACUGGGAAGAGAAGGAUCAAGCUCUUAGUAUCUUUGAUGAGAGAGUAGAGCAAUUCCCGUCAAGUUCACCUCAAACACCAACUACAGAGGGAGCUUCAUUUGUCAGUGAAGCAGAGAUGUUAAUUCGUAGGCGCUCCAGCAAUAUCGACCACAACCCAUACCCUCCAAGAGCAUUACCAGUAGACUCAAGUCAUGUACCUCAGUUCUUCCCAAUGCUUCAAGAUGAUGUCCUCUUGAAGCCACCAUUCACCAACGGGAGGAGUAAAUACAGAAACAUUGCUAAGUGGAAACAGAAAGAGAGACAAGAACAGCACAGAGAACAUCUCGGUCUCCAGCCUCAUGAGAGAGAGAAAUACCUUCAAUCUCUUCAUGCUAAGAAACCACCCGUCCGACAGGCCGUCCUCACUCACUAUGAUCAGAAGAAAGCAAAUCAGCAAUUUGUUGAAGAAUUGCUCAAAGAAUGCAAGAUCAAGACGAAGAAGAUGCUUGUGUUUAAGAUGGGACAAGAAGCCAUAGAACUAGGUCAUGGUGACAUCAAUCGGUCUGGUGUGGAGGAAAACACACUCAUAGCUAGCCUAUGUGAUCUAUUAGAGAGGAUAUUCAGUCAUGGAUGUAGAUCAAAGAAACAGAGUAAGAGUGCCUUGUGGUGGCAUCUUCUAAGCUAUCGUCGUUUCCGUCAGCGUAAGAAGGCUUCAUCAGAGCAGAACCUUGCAUUAGCUGGUGCAGAGAGUUCUCCUAGACAUAGAAGAUCAAGCACCGUACCCGGACAGCCAUUGCCAACUUUACCGACUGAUUUCAGCUUUGAUUGGAAGAAUGUUGACCGCAUGACCAAUAUUCGUACUGAGGUUGGUAAAUCAAGAGCUUUUGUUCGUUUGGCACUGGAAAGGAAAGUUCUUCAUAAACACAUCAAAGAGCUGGUCUCAAAUGAUGAACUUCUCAAGAAGCGAUAUCGCGGUGAAGCAUUCUUGAGAUGUGAAGAAGAAAAGAUGCAAUUCCUAUACUACCUCCUGUCACUCAAUGCGGUUGACUUCCAUUGCUUCACAAACUCAUUCCCUACCACAGUGGUGACGUAUCGGGUGCUGAUUAGCCAGAGUCGUAAGUUUCAGGCGCCAACAACGGCCAAUCCAUGGCUACAGGUGACUGGAGAGAUGCUACAAACACCUGUUAUACACAUACCAAAGAAUGCUCAGGAUUUUACCUUUCAGCAUGCUAACCUUGGCGUCCUAACAACCCUUCAGAUAGGACAUGAUAAUGCAGGUCUCUUACCUCGAUGGUUAGUAGAUUAUAUCUACAUCAGGAACGAAAUCACUGGACAUGCAUACAAGUUCCCCUGUGGUAGAUGGAUAGGACGUAGUGUUGAUGAUGGAAGUCUAGAACGUCUUCUAGUGGCGGAGUUUAUCCCUCCGAUCAUCGACUAUGAAGGCGAUCACUUCUGGGGAUCAAAUACCACACCGAGACGAACCCAUGCCAGAAGGUCCAGUGCCAGUGCUAGUAGUUCCCCAUCCCCGCCACCUCGAGUUCCUCAUAAGCUAGACCAGAAUGCUAUCCAAGAACUCUUGACUGAUGCUGUCAAUAAUAUCGUCAAGCAUUUCUACAAACCAGAGAAAGAGCGUGGUCAGUUAACAGUGCUACUCUGUGGUGAGUUUGGUCUGGUUAAAUGUAUGGACUUAGUUCUACAGUAUGGGUUCAGAUCAUCUAGACUCUUCAGGAAUAACUUCUUCAUCUGGGAUUUCCUAGAGAAAGUUGCUCGGUAUUUAGACAGCUUAGACCAGGAUGAGGAAGGCCGGUUUAGUUCACGUCAAGAGAAACGAGCUCGAAGGACAUUCUGUCUAACACUUCAUCAGAUCAAUAGGUACGCUGAGACUGUUGGCAAAGAUGGAAAGUUACAGCUUCUAGUCUGCCUUGGUAUAAGAGAUCAUCUUCUUCAUCAAUGGUUACCAGUCCUUGCUGAGACACCGGUCACUAAGAACAUGUAUGAUGAAUGUUCAUUCUUCCAUUCUCCUCAUCAUCUAGACUUCCUCUGCAGUCUACUCAUGCAACUAGAUGAAUUCAAUAUCUCACUUGAAGCAUCAGUCACUAAAGGUAUUGAGUUAUGAUACCAAGAUACACACUAGAUUGAGGUCUUAAUCUACAAGAUUACAAGAUACAUCUUAACUUCAUGUCUUGAGUUGUGAUACCAUUCUACAAGAUUUAUAGAGACACACUAGCUUGAGGUCUUUAGUUAUGAUAUCAAUCUACAAGAUACACUCUAGCUUGAGGUCUUUAGUUAUGAUAUCAAUCUACAAUACACUCUAGCUUGAGGUCUUUAGUUAUGAUAUCAAUCUACAAUAAACACUCUAGUUUGAGGUCUUUAGUUAUGAUAUCAAUCUACAAGAAAUACUCUAGCUUGAGGUCUUUAGUUAUGAUAUCAAUCUACAAGAUACACACUAGCUUAAGGUCUGAAAAUCUUUCAAAAACCUUUUUCCAAACGCCAAACAUUAUAAAGAGAGACAACUUGCCUGAUAUGUUUUAUUUUCAAGAGUGGUAUUGACAUAGGAUGAGAUGUUAUCAUCUGAUAAAGGUUAGUGUAUGAGCUCUAUAUCAAAAGAAAGUGAUACUAAUAUAUUUGUAAAAAGUGUUGCAUUAUAAACAAACCACUGAUUUGCACUUUAAAGAUAUUCUUUUUGGAAUAGAUUAUGUUGUUCAUGUUUAAAAUGUUUGUGAUUGUAAAUUGUUACUUUCCUUGCUUACUUGCCAUGCACAGGUUUCUUUUAUAUUUGUUGUAUCCAUUGCAGUCUGUAUGAAAUGAAAAGUAACUAUUGAGACUGUGUCCUUAAAGGUGUUUUACAUACAGUUAUUCUGACAUGUAUACCAUAUUGAACACGCAUUGAUUUGACUAGUGCUGUGAUGCAUAUUAUACUGAAUGCAACUGGGAUAUUAAUUCUAGGCUAGGAGAUAAUAUCUGUGUUAUAACAGAGGAAGCAUAGUAUUAACCAUUGGUUUUGGUUAUAACUUGUAUAAUACAUGUAAAAUGAUAUAUUACAAUACAAUUGCCUUUUUGUAGUUUCUAUUUUGGCAAAUGUUUGAGGAAUGUUAAUCUCCCCAGCUGAAUCUACUCAGGAACAACAAGCAAACAAUUUCUAGUCAAUUUUUCCAUAUUUUACGGCUCAACUUUUUGAUACAACUCUUUGCGACUCUUAAAAUGAUAACCAUGAUUGUCUAUUUCUACAUGUGAGUAAGAGAGAUUUACUGAGGAUAAUUCAUCUGUUUUCAUACAUUGUACAUACAAUUGUAAAUAUGUAUUCUACAUAAAAUGAUAAUGAAUCUUAACAUUUGCUUAUUUUUGUUUUGACUGACUUAGUUUAGUCAAAAAAGCUUUGUUUUGACUUGAUAGUCUUUAUUCAUGUCAAUCAUGUAUCACAAAAUGUCUCUUUUGAUAUUUGUUGAAAAAAAAGUAACUAUGCAUAUCUCAAAUAGUUUCAUUAUAGUUUGGGGAAUUUUAAUAGAUAUACCUAAUAGUAGUAAAAAGACAUUUUCAAAAUGGAGAAUGUUUGAAUUUCCAUUGUCUGAAUGUUGAGGCCCACUAAUGUUAGAAUAGAUCUUAUCACAAUAAAAUUAAGUAUCUUCCAAAUAAUAAAUGCAAUUACAUCAUGUUUGCUCCUGCAACAAUGCUCCUUCUGAAAAUCUUCACAUUAAACCAAACAUGAUACCUAACAUUGACCCUCUCACAACCCUCUCUAUAUAUCUUCAGAGAUAUUAGGAUAGGAGCAAUUGUCAUUUGAGUAAAUGUCGCAUCAACAAUGAUAUAGUUUUUAGCAAACUAAUUUGGUAGGAGUGUUUAUCUUAUUGACUGUCCUCUAAGAAAAAUGAUGAGUGAUUACAUAUUCUUGAAAAAAUUGUCACUUGCCAAAGGUCUCAGUGUUCAUUUGGGGGAUUUUGUCAUCAAUUUUUUUAAAGUAAUGUUUUUAGUUUAUGAUGGGAUGUUAUCAGUUUUAAUCUCCUGACUCCUUUCCUGAUAAUAUUUUGUUUUAUUGCUUAUGGAGCCCAAUUUAUGAGAAUGUUCUUUCCAUAGAUAUGACAUUGUAAAACUCAUUAAGUUUAUUAAAACAAUGUUAAAUCAGAUUUCAGCAGAAUUCAUCUUUACAUGUAGGUACAUGAGUGUUUGUACACACUAUCUAGAUAUAAAGAGAAAGGCGAUUCAAUCAAAUUACCCAUGAAACUUAAAUUGGAAGUGAUGAUGGUCUUACUCACUAGAUUUGACUCAGUAAGACUUUCACAUAUUAGACUGUGCUCAUAGGUAUAUGAGAUAAUAUUCCUGCCAAAUGAUUUUGCUCAAACCUGUUUCCUUUUAAUUUCUGGUAUUUUAAAGGGGAAUGGGGGAGCAUUGUUUUGAUGUGUUUACAAUACAAGCAAGCAAUUCACCAUCAACUGAUAUUUUUAACUAUUUUGUUAUUUUAAUCACAAAUUCACAAUUUGAUGGAUGAAUGAAGAUUGAAUUCAUCUUUGGUUUAUGAGCUACACGACACAAUUACAUUCUUAAGUUUUCGUUUAUGUUCAUUUUUUGUUUUAGCUCUAUACAAAAGGAAUAUUUUUUUACUGGAUUUUGAUCAAUUCUUUUAGAAAAUAUUUCAAGUCUAUUUGGCUCUCCUUUUAAUUUCUUUUGUCAACAUUUUGAAUCAUACACAUGUGUACACAUUGUAAGAAUUUUCCUUUCUGAUAUUUAGACAAUUAUUUUAACAUUAUGUGUAUAGUGAUCAGUUGUUUGGUAAUUCUUAUGUUAUUGAUAAGUUCAUGAAUACCAUGUUAUGUGUAUAUAAUGUGAUUUGACUCCUCAUUAUGAUAAUUCUUGCCAAGGGUUACUCAUGUCCAGCUCUAUUUAACUUAAUGUGCAUUAUCAACCAUCAAUAAAACAAAUGGAAAAUAUGCUAGUAUAGGAAACUUUAAAAAUCUUGUCAGUUAGAUCUUAUUCUCUGGUACUCCACUUUCAAAUCAAGUUGAAUCAAGGAAAUAUUAGAAUGAAAUUAGAAUAACACUGCAAAAUUGUUAAAAGAAAAGGAAAUAAUGAAUAUUUCAAUUAUCUGCUCGAAUGGAAUGUGUGAAAUCAUGUAGCUUUUCUAAAUGCAAUUAGAGAUUACGUAUGAAUAUCUCUAGAAAGAAAGGUAUAUAUUUCAGAUAAAUGUGUGCAUGAUAAGCUAAUCUGAUUUUCAUAUAUACAAUUCACUGUGUGAACAAAAUGAUUAAAAAAAGAAUGAAAUUUUGAAAGUUUAUUUUGAAAUGUGAUUGUUUAAUCCUUCUCAGGUUUGUCCAUGGGAAUGAUGUGUAUCAGUAUUAGGUUUGUAGUUUAGUGAACCGUACAGUUACAAUCUUAUUUUGAGCCAAUGAAAUGCAUGUUUAUGGUUUGCGUUUGGUUUUUAAAUUUGUUUUUAAAUGUGUGGCAGAUUUAUCUUUGGUAUUGCAAUCAAUUUAUUUAUUUAUUAUCCAAGUAAAAUAAUAAAGUAGAUUAAAUGAAGGAAACAUUACUAUAAUGGUAACAUUAAUUACCAUGGGAACAAUACAUAACAGCCAAUCAAAUUCAAGGAUUCUUUAAUAGUUAUCAUUACCUGGGGAAGUUACCAUAAUAGUACCUUUUAUACAAUAGAACCCGUAUUUUAGACUGUAAUUUUUACUAAUUGUCCCUCUUCUAGUUAAAAAAAUUUACCCGUAAUAAAUAAUGCGUGCUGGCUAGUGUCUAGCCUUUUAACAAGUCCCUGUGACUUAGGUUAUAUUUUGAUGCCACACAUAGACUGGGAGACAAGACUAGACAAGAUGUGUGACAGGCCGGAGUGAAUACUCUCUAUCACAGGAUGUGUGAACCUUUACCAAGGUUUUGGGAAUAGUCUCCUUUUAGUCCCUUGCUAGCUUAUAUAUACAUCACAUCAGACAGACAUCCUUGUUUAAAGACUAGUUUGACUCCUGACAUGGAGGGUGGGAAACUAAUAAUUUUAAAUUUGAUCUUGAAGAAAAUAUUUUAAUGAUAUGAUUGUCUGUAUUGAAUGAAAUUAAAUUCUGUCGAUUGUGUGCUUUUUUCAUUUGAACAGUGAUUAGUCAGAUACAUGUAUUUUAUGAGUAAAUCAAAUUAGAUGUAUACAUUUCAUACCUAAAAUUCAUGUAAUACACACUCAUAGUAUUUUAUUUUAUGAACAAACAGGCGUUUUGAUAGAUUCUGAAAGAAAGAUGAAUAAUCAUGUUUGCACUUUUGAUUCUUAAAUAAAGUUUCACAAUAAUGGCAAAGUUGAUACAAUGGAUAAAAAAUGAGAUAUAGACAGCAAAUGAGGUGUUUGUAGUGAUUUGUACACAGAUACGGAUGAAUUAAAUGUUAAUUCCAAAGUUUUUGUGAGUUUUAUUAGGAUAUUUCCAUCACGUAAAAUAGACCAUUUGAUACCAUUAUUAUGAGAAAGAAAAGAGAUUUAUAUUAAAAGUGC